CGGACCAGAACGCUCCGACGGUCACUAGGAGCCGGGAGUUGGGUGUUCUAGCCCCGCCCCCAGGCGGCUCGGCCAAUCCCCUGAGGCGGAGCAGGACGACACCCAGGAUGUGUCCCGAAGACCACGUGGCUCCAGGAGGCGCCAGUGCUAGCCAUGGGCGUGCAGCCCCCCAACUUCUCGUGGGUGCUCCCCGGCCGGCUGGCGGGGUUGGCCCUGCCCCGGCUCCCCACCCACUACCAGUUCCUGCUGGACCAGGGUGUGCGGCACCUGGUGUCACUGACGGAGCGCGGGCCCCCGCACAGCGACAGCUGCCCCGGCCUCACCCUGCACCGACUGCGCAUCCCAGACUUCUGCUCGCCGGGCCCAGAGCAGAUCGACCGCUUCGUGAAGAUUGUCGAUGAGGCCAACGCCAGGGGAGAGGCGGUGGGAGUGCACUGUGCCCUGGGCUUUGGCCGCACGGGUACCAUGCUGGCUUGUUACCUGGUGAAGGAGCGGGGCCUGGCUGCAGGGGACGCCAUCGCUGAGAUCCGGCGCCUUCGACCCGGCUCCAUCGAGACGUAUGAGCAAGAGAAGGCGGUCUUCCAGUUCUACCAGCGAAGGAAAUAAGGGACCUCAGCACUCUUCCGCCAGGCCCCCCACGGCCCUGACCUGUGUAUUAGAUGGGGCCAGAGAUGCGGAAGUGAACUCAAAGUGCUAAGCCCUCCAGCGGUCAAAAGACAGAAGUAGCCCUUCCCUGCAGGCAGGUCCUGGUAGGAGGAUGGCUGGAGCAGCACCAAUGUGGGGUGUCCCUCUGCCACUGCCUUGAAUAAAUAAACAACCAGCUCACGUUGCAUAGCACUUUAAGUUUACAAA